CUUCCAAUGAAACAGGUGCUGAAAUACGUGACAUAUUUUUUGAAAGGUAAGAUCGCAUUCUACCAAAUCACACAACACUUUUUUCUAUGGUUGUAUCACAGAAUAAAUAACCACAUUGUCGUUAUUUAUUAGUUACCACAAUAUUGUUGUUAUUUAUUCUGUGGUUGUAUGUUGUCCGAUUCCGGGCCACGCCACAGUACAGUAUAUAAAAUUAUACAACAAUUCGUAUAAGCAAAAAAACUGCAUGGUGUGUAGUGCAAGGUUGCCAUCAGUGGUGAAAUUUCAGCACAUGUGGUGAAAAAUGAAAAGAUCGCAGCUGAGGUGAUGAAAAUGUGGUGAUGUGGUGAAUUUCGCUUAUAAAGGUUCGGAAAGUGGUGAAAAAAUUAAAUUUAAUUAUCAAAAAAUAAACUAAAGUACAAAUUCUGAAAUAUAUACCUAUAGAUAAUUAUACACUGAUAUGAAAUAAACAUGAUUGAAACUAUUCCGCAUUUUUAUUAAUAGGGAUAUGCCACCUAUUAGUGAAAACCGUAAAAUAAUUUGAAAUAAAUGUAUUUCAAGAAGAUAACUCCCACAGCAUAACGGCUUAUUUUAGAUGUUCAAUUCCCGCCCGAAAUUCAGAUUAAACAAACCGUUACUUUAGAAACUGUAAAAGUGAUGCGAUUUGUGUGUUUUACUAUUUGUGUGUUGUAUUAUUAUUUAUAUUAUAAUAUAAAUAAUUGUGAUUUGUUGACGAGAUACAGAGAUUUAUUAACUUCGUUCAAUUUUGUAAUAAACAGGUAACAUUAUUUUAAUAAGUAUUAUUGUAUAUAUUAUAUUGUUGGAUAUUUUUAGAUAAUAUCUACUUACAAGUACUUUUAAAAAAGAUGUCUGACGAUUCCGGCAAAUCAGAGCAUAGUGAAGCUCAAAGAAAGAAAUUAAAUAUGGGUAAAAGGAAAUUUAUUCACAAAUAUCAAUCUGCAUGGGAGAGUGAUGAUCGCUUUAAAUUAUGGAUACGAGCAAGUAGCAAGGGAGAUACUCAUUUUUUUUGCAAGUUUUGUUCAUGUGAUUAUGUCUGCGGUAAAGCUGAAAUAUUGAAGCAUAUGAAGACCAAAAAACAUGAAAAGCAAGCAAGAGACUACAAAAGCAGACAAACCCUGACAUCGAUGACUGUAUCAUCAUCACCAUUAGUAGCUGCAAAACGAGGCAAAGAAAAUGAUAUACGGAUAGCAAGUUUUUUAGUCGAACACAAUGUGGCAUUUAAUGUAGCUGAUCAUUUAGUGCAGCUGAUCAAACAUUUACAUUUGGACAAGGAUUCUCUGAGCCAAACUUCUUGUGGAAGAACGAAAGCGGCGAAAAUAGUGACUAAUGUUGUAGGUUCACAUGGAAAAGAAAAUAUUUUAGACAUUUUAAAAACAACAAAAUUCUCUCUCGUUAUUGACGAAUCUACAGACAUAGGAACUACAAAAAAUUUGGCUUUAAUAGCAAGAUUUUUUAACAAUCAUAUAGCCUCCGAUGUGUUUUUAGAGCUUAUGGAAGUCGCUGAUGCUUCCGCUGAAAAUAUCUAUAGAUCUAUAGUAGCAUUUUUUGUUGAAAAUCAAAUAAAUUAUAAAAUAAACAUGGUAGGUUUUGCUGCUGAUGGGGCAAAUGUAAUGAUGGGCAGACAUCACUCAGUCAGUACUCUUUUAAAAAAUGAUAUACCUCAUUUAUUUAUUUUAAAGUGUGUUUGCCACUCAUUUGCUUUAUGUGCAUCAUAUGCAACACAAGAGAUACCGAAUGAAAUAGAACAGCUACUGCGAUCGGUUUAUAAUUUUUUUAAAAGUUUCAAAAGAAUAAGUGAGUACAAAGAAUUUCAGGUUUUUGUUGAGGUAAAACCUCAUAAAAUACUACAUCCAUCCCAAACGAGGUGGUUGUCGCUUGUACAAGUGGUAAAGAGAUUUUACGAACAAUAUAAUGCACUUUUUGCUUAUUUUAAGAAUGAGUAUCUAAAUAAUAAAAAUAAAGAUGUAGAAUCUAUAUACAAUCAAUUAAAUAACAAAACGACAAAAUUAUAUUUAGAAUUUUUAAAUUAUGCUUUGCCAUUUUUCACAGACUUAAAUAAAGAAUUUCAAUCAGAAUGUCCUAAAAUAUAAACACUUUACAG